CUCCCCUUCAGUCUUGCACAGGUGUACUGGCUCCUCCCCUUCAGUCUUGCACAGGUGUCCUGGCUCCUUCCCUUCAGUCUUGCACAGGUGUACUGGCUCCUCCCCUUCAGUCUUGCACAGGUGUACCGGCUCCUCCCCCUCAGUCUUGCACAUGUGUACCGUCUCCUCUCCUCCAGUCUUGCACAUGUGUACCGUCUCCUCUCCUCCAGUCUUGCACAGGUGUACCGGCUCCUCCCCUCCAGUCUUGCACAGGUGUACCGGCUCCUCCCCUUCAGUCUUGCACAGGUGUACCGGCUUCUCCCUUUCAGUCUUGCACAGGUGUACCAGCUCCUCCCCUCCAGUCUUGCACUGGUGUACCGGCUCCUCCCCUUCAGUCUUGCACAGGUGUACCGGCUUCUCCCCUUUAGUCUUGCACAGGUGUACUGGCUCCUCCCCUUUAAUCUUGCACAGGUGUACCGGCUCCUCCCCUUGUUA